AUUCAUUCAAAGGAAAAUCAAAACUGAUGAAGCAAACGGUUGUGAUGAUCGGAGAGGAAAAAAAAGCACGAAGCAGUGGGAUAUUACCCACCAUUUUGCAACUUAUCCUUAACAGGAAAGCUGGUCGAAACAAAGAGAAAAGUAAGCCCGCCCCAAGCCCGACAGAAGAGCCGAAGCUGUACUUAGAUGCUCAGAAUGUGAAGGCCCAAAUUAUUGAGUUUGAUAUACGAGAGAUUGUCAGGUUACCGCACGGGCUUGAUAAAAAUGAAUGGCUCUGUACAAAAGCCCUAUCAUUCUUCAACAAUGUAAAUCUACUAUACGGUGUUCUAGCAGGACAGUUCUGUACUAAUGAAAUGUGCCCGAGUAUGAUGGCACCUGGCAAUGUAAUAUAUCAAUGGCAUGAUGACAAGGGGAAGAAAGUGAAAUGUUCAGCUCCACAGUACAUAGAGUUUUCCAUGGUAUUUGCACAGAAACACAUAGACGAUGAGAGUGUAUUCCCAACCAAAUAUGGCAAAGUCUUCCCCGCAGAUUUUGAGUCAGUGAUCCAGCGGAUACUACGGCUUCUAUUCCAAGUCCUCGAGCACAUCUACUAUGCCCACUAUGAGCAGAUGACAAGACUAGACCUUCACCAUCAUCUCAACACCAUCUUCACCCACAUGGUUCUCUUCGCGCAGGAGUUCAAACUCCUGGAACAGAAGGAGAUCUCGGCAUCGCUCGAAGACCUCAAGGAAGCACUUCACAUCAGCCUCUCGCUCUCCUCCAACCCCGCUUCCACCUCCUCGGCGUCGACAACAUCUUCAUCGUCGACCUCGACGGCAUCCAAUUCACAGUCGUCGUCAAACUUAAACACAAAUCCAUGACAAAGAUUUAAUUAAGCGUAAGGUGUGAGGAGUGAUCGUUGGUCGUUGCGGAGGAUGUCUCUUAUGCGGGUCAGUUGGCGCUGACUUGACAAGUCACUGUGCUAGAUUGCCAAAGCCGUUUGAAACUGCUGUAUCUUUUUUGUUAAUCCACAAAAGCUGCAUCGGUGUCCUCACUGGGUGCCCCUGUAUUAUUAUUACCAACAGUGACUACCAGGCCUGCGCGCAUUCAAAUGUAGGUGGAAUGCGAGGUUGAACGUUUUGAAAGAUUGGUCAACAAACGGUGUAUUCAACAUCCUGCAUUAAUCACUGUAUUUCUCUCCCAUUCUGAGCAGUUACAACCCUCCCGUUUUACAGGGAUCCCUCUGCUGAUUUCCCUGAUCAAUCCUUAUUCCUGCCCUUGGGAUCCCUCGUUCAGUUAGGUAUUUCUUUAAUUUUUUUUCAAUUCUUUCUUGCAGUGUGUGCUUGUUGUUGGCCUGUCCUGGGUCCUGUGACACAAAAGUUAGCGAUUGAUCGUACGCUUGAUUAUCACGAUUGACUGUACAUUGUAGUCAAUGCAAUCAAUUAUGAAAAAAAAUCUUCUACGAUGAUUAUUAAACUGUGUGUUACAGGCCACUGGUAGUGGAUGGUGGUUGCGCAGGUAGUGGGUGAUUUCAAGUUCAGUGUUGACCUUUUUGUGUUGGUGUUGGGUCAAUUUUACACGAGUAUAUGAAGAUGG